AGGAGGCACACUUGGUGAGGAAGGAGGGGUGGAGAGCUGGGAUGCUGUCCUUGAGAUGGUCAACACUUUGUGGGAUGACGGUUGGGAUAAAGGAGGAGCAGGAGGAGGAGCAGGAGGUGAUACAGACUCCCUCUCGGGCUCCCUGCAGCGCUGGCCUCUCCUCCGACCCCCCAUCGGGUUCGGAGGGUCCCACCCUCCCUCCUCAGCCGCCUCAGAGCUCAGCCUGACGGAGCUGGAAAGGAGAGCCCGGGAGCUGGACUCUGACCUGGAGCACCUCGACCUGUCUCAGCCCCACAGUCAGGAAACGUACCCAGCGCUCCUGGAGCCUCAGAGGGAGCGAGCGGACAUGUACCAAACUCACCCCGGGCCUCAGAGAGAGAAGGCUGCCCUGCACACAGGGGUGGGCAGCAGGUCCCAGGUCAGCUUGGAGCUCAGUACUACAGCCUCACCGGCUACAGACGCUGACAGACCUCCCGGCUCCUGGUCAACCAAAUCUGCCGGGACGUCCACCACUGGCACAAGCUCUGCUAAAGAGGACAGCUCUCCAGACUCCAACCUGACGCUGGAGUCCGACUCAAGCGGCGUCUUCCUCUCCUUAUCCAAUCAAAGCCAGGAGGAGGCCGGCUCUGACAGUGACCAGCCAAUCAGUGGCUCCGACCUGGGCAGCAGCAGCACGUCGCUGGAGAAAGAUGGGGACGAUGGAGGGUUAAAGGAGUGGGGGAGGGAGGAGAGCGCGGAGCUACAAUGGUGCUACCCGUCACUCCUCAACACGUGCUCGCAAGAAGACAUCGAAGGCGAGAGGGAGGAGGCGGGCCGCGGAAACAUGGAGGAGGAUGAAGAGAGGGGAGAAGGCGAGGACAGAAGGAGGGAUGGGAAGAUGGGAAUGGUUUCAGUCAUCAAGAAGCCGUUAGAGCAGAGCGUUAUUAAGAGCUCCAUGGCUCUGAGAAGUGAGGACAUGCCCCCCAGGAAAAAAGUCACCCUCAUGGGAAUAGACUCCCCUCUUCCUCUGUCUCCUUCAAAGCAGCCAAUCAAACACUUUCUAGAUCCCAACCAGAAGCCAAUCAGAACAUCAGGGCUGGACUGUGGCGACAUAGAUCCCUUCGUCCAGUCGGACAGCUUUGUUUACCUUGCUGUGUCUGCAAGACCUGCCUCCAAAGGUGAAGUCACCACGGUGACAGAAGCCCACGACGUGAAAAAGGACAGUAUACACCACCACACACACGGCACGAAAACGCACGUGGAUCAGCCUAACCCCAACCGGGACGCCAAGCCAAUGCAGCUCGCCCCACAGAAGCCAGAGGAGGGAGAUUUCCUGUGCACCGACAGCUUCGUCUACCUGGCAGCUCCAGCCUGCCUCCUGCUGGGCCCUCCAGGAACUACAGCCUACAGCGGCAAGGAGUCUGAUUCGGAGAGCUCAGGUUCGGGACCUGUUGACGUGUCGGUGCUGGGUUGCGGUUCAGUGGCAGGGGACAGCGACUGGGACUCGGACCUGUCCGACUCCGAUCCGAGCCGCUCGUCGAGGACCUCCGCUGCCGGGAGCAAAUCUGGCCGUCCGAAGCGGCUGCCCGCCGAACCCGACUGGGACUUAUUCGGAGACACCACUGAACCCGAAGUGCUGAGCGAGCUCUUCACGGAGCAAGACAGGAACAACAACGGCAGAGCAGAGAGAGUUUCCGGGGUUACCACCAGCAUGGCAGCAACACCAUCCGUCCCCACGGCAACUCAACCCGCCACUCCACCGUUGAAGAGGAUGUCGACCGUGGAGCAGUCAUCGACGAAGAAGGUGACGUGGCAGUUUAAACCCGCUCAGAGGUCAGUGUGCACGGGAAGCAAGAAGGACAAAGAGAGGGAAGCGACGUCAUCAUUGGCAGGAAGGUUUACUGAAUUCGGAGGUGGCGAGAUCUACAGACCCACCCCUUCAUCUUCGUCGUCUUCGUCAUCGUCACCGUCGUCAUCGUCAUCCGGCUGAAUUCUGAAAGAAAAGCUUGUUUGGAGAAGCUUUCGAUGGGCCGAAGAAAGGUAGAGACGACCUUUAGCUCCUGUAGACCUGCAGCUUUUGCCUGUCCGUUCCGAAUUCUGCAUUUCGCUGCUGCCGUUGCCUUCGAUGACCUUGUAAAGGCUGCGUUGCAUUUUCUUCAGUUAGUCAACAAGUUAUUGUUAUUAUCAUAUAUCACUUUAAGUUGGGACGGUCUUCCCAGAAACAGCACCGUUCCUGUAGAGUUUUACUGACUGUCGGUUGUUUUUUUCAUUCAUACGUUCACGUCUGUUAAAAUGACAGAUCUGAAUAAAUCUGUUGGAUUUUUAUUCUGCUGAAUGUACUCUAAGGGAGGAUCCACCUUCAGACUGAUUUCACAUCUUAUACCAUUAGAGCCAUGCUGGAAUUAAAUCACAGUGAUACGUAAAGUGAUCUGAGUAGGAGAAAGUGGUUUCUGCUGCUCUCUGAUGUUUUACGGAUGUAAGAGUGUAAACGUGUCGCCUGCUCCCCCACGUCUUUGAAGACGGACUUUUACAAACUGGCUGAGUUUGAUCUCUACAGUCUAUGGUGUGUUUUAUAAUCACAGCCAGGUUUACAGUGUAUUUAACAGUGUGAUAGUAUAUUUUGAACAUGGAGAUAAUUAUUGAGCAAAGUAUUAAUAUAUAUAUAUGUGAGUGUGUGUGAUGAAUGUGAACAACUAAUUGAAGGAUUUAACAAUAGAGUUUAAUUUAAAUGGUUUAUUUAUCACUUAGACUGAAAUUGUGAAUGUUAUAAAUGAGCAAUAUGCUUACAGAUACAUGCUAUAUUCUAUGUUUAACGCGCCUUCAUUCAAAGGGAGUCAAAUACGGCUGUUCUGUCAAACCUGCUGGUGUCUCACUGAUACGUGUCAGGUGUUUUUUGGUGAGGGUCAAAUUUGAAACAGCUGCCAAAUUCACAUGUAGAAGCAGGAGAGUUGUCAGUGAUCAACCAAAUACCGCGGUCAUGUUUGGGUUAAAAUAUGUUUGCAACACGACACACUGACAGGAUGUUUCAGGAUACUCGGCACGUUUGAAUCAAGUGGAAAACUUGUGCAGUCAGUGCUUAAUGUGCAGUUCCUCUAACGCCCAGCAGGGGCUCCAGCAGUGAUAGACUCCCACGUUAAAACUUUACAGCAGAAAUAAACACGUUUACAUCCCCCCUACACCGGGGGAGAGUGGUUUAGGACCUCACUUGUUUAGAUUAUUGGGGGCGUGGCCUCUUUGACUGACAGGUGGAUGGUGACACAGGUGGCUCUAGCUGCUAGCCGUCUGCUAGCUUCACCUGAACUGGACAUCUGGACUGUUUUUGUGCUGUUGAAGCUUUUUUUUACGACAUCAUCCGAUCAAUAACAUGGCUGCUGUGAGGUUACUGUACUAACAGACUGUCCAUGAAGGCAGAGCGAGAGUUUGCUGGGAUUUUAUUAUGUUAUUUAGCACUGAUCAUUAGGUAUCCGUGUCUGUGCGAUGCUCCCAGCUGCAGGUUGCUAACCUCGGUGGCUUCAACUGGCACAGGCUGGAGGGUGGUGCAAUUAAUGUAGCGCUAUUAACAGCUAAUGUGUGGCACAGAUGGAACAUGCAGUGCAGAGAUCAGAGGCUGCAGAGACAGGCAGGGAGCAUGUAGUGCUGAGAAAUCACUGAAUCACGACAAAGAUUUAUUUAUUUACACUCUCUUCUACUGUUUGGGGCUCUUUUAAUAAACAGCUACUUCAGCGUGUUUGAUUUGGGGGAAUCUUACUGUUCCUGACACAACCUCAAAGGGAUAUGUCUCUCCUCCCACGACUGAACCAGGAAGCUUUGAUUCGUUAGGUGAAUGUGGAAACACGAUGGAGCCACUGUUUUUUCAGCUGUGAAAAAUGACAGUAACAUACAAUCACUAACUCAGGUCGUAGUAUAGAAAAGAGUCUAGGUUUUAGGCCCAGCUGGGGCUCUGCUAAAAUGCUCUAUCUGAGGCUCCACAUGGGGGCUUGUUAAACCAACUGUUAGCACAGUGGUUGGGUCCAUCUUUUAUAUACAGUCUGUGGUUUAAACCCAAGGCUCUGUGUUGCUCUAACACCAGCGGUUUGACAGACGCCGUUAUUUGACGCCCAGGCAGCGAGAGCGGGCUGGAGUGUUUAAAUGUAUAAUAAUGGCUGAGUUUGAUUUUUAUUUAUGCAGCCAGAUUUUGAUUGUAAAUGCAGUCUUAGACUCAUGCAGAGGUUUUAUGUGUAACAUUUUUAAUCAUCAGGUAAUUCGGUUUUAAGUGCCAUAAACAGCGAGACCACGGCUGAGAUGAUUGGUCGUCUUUGUCUCACACUGGCUUUAUUUCUGCUCAGAGUACAGACUUCUUCUUUUGUAAUCCUCCCCCUGCCAUCUUUGGCUUUUCUGAGGAGGAUAAACAUGCUGGAGACGUUUUUCUCCUCGCUCCCCGCCGCCGUUUGUCACCGCUUCAGCUCUGUUUGUGCUGAAAAGCAAAGCAAUCCAGGAGAUUUCCCUCCGAAUCCAAAGCGAAGUGCAGCCAGCGGGGAGGCAGGUGGAGCUGCCAGUCAUCCCAGCAGUGGUCCUGCUGUUCAAUCAUUACAUGAUGAAUGUGGUUAUCAUUCACUGAGCUAAAAAAUGGGACAGGCAGCACCUUCCAAAGACAUCGCAGACAUGUCAGGUCACUGAUGAGAGCGGCUGAAAGUCUGUUUUAUGCACGAUGUUGCUGAUAAAGGUCUGACAGGCUAAUCGUCCUUAAUCACAUUUAAUCUUGUUGUUCUUGAUGUAAAAGUGAAAAUGAGGAACAAGGGCCAGAUUUACUAACGGUUCAUCACUUUUAGACCUUUUUCUGGUUUUUAUGAAGCUGCUGUUGACGAGAUACUGCAAUAAGGUCUUGGCCCCUCUCACAGGGACCAAUCAGUGACCCCCGGCAACCUGAGGUUGCUAGGGAAAAAUGAACAUCUCCAACCGGUUUGCCAGAAAUCGCUGAGUGAAAUCAGCUGUAAAGAGGGCGCGGCCCACAGAUGUCCCCGUGAUUGCUGACACGUCUGCAAACACUCGCCAACCGCUGCUCAAACUCGCCUUCAGAAUAAAAGUUGCAUGUUUUAGUUGCCACAGUACAGCAGAGCUUUUACGUUGGAGUCAGAUUUUCUCUGGUUGGUGUUUUUCGGGUUGCAUCGCCGCUCUACAAACAGAGAAAUGGAAAACGUUCGACUCCACACGAGAUGUUUUUCUUCUUUUGUGCGGACACUCAACGACUGCGGAAAUCUGCUGCUCAUCCAAAUAAUCGCAUGGAGGUUUCAGGUGCAGCACUGUAAACCUCCAGCAGCUUCCAGCAGCUUCCAGCAGCCGGUCACCAACCAGGUCUCUGGGCCUGUGUGACGGAAGCCUGCUGGUGUUAUUGAACUUGAAUUCAGAGUGUUAAAUUUAAGAGUGUCAGAGAGCUCAGAGUGUCACAGUCAAGUAAUCAAACCGUUUGUAAAAAUGUCGUUUUAAGGAGCUCUGACCUGUGUUAGAGAAAUGCCUGCAGCUUCUGGCUGCACGGAGCAGUAACAGGAACCUCACUAACACUCGGAUCGGUCAGGAAAUGUUUGAGCAUCCUUCAGGUCAGCUGUUCGUCAGCUGUUCGAGAGUUCAGGGUUAAACGGUAGAACUGAUGUGAAUCUGCACAUGCACAUUUUUGACCUGCUUGGUGCUCGGUUGCUCAGUUGCUCUGUUGCCUGGUUGCGUUGCCCGUUGCUGAACUAAACUGGCUGUGUCUUUGUGUAAAUUUGGUGCACUGCUGGUGGAUCAGAAUGCUCCUGGUUAGUAAAUCUGGCCCCAGAGUUGCUCGUGAUGUUUGAAAUUCUGGAUUUUUAGCCUUGCUGGGAUGAGAUGAUGUUUUUUUGCCAUGAGCAGCUUGAAGCGAGCCGCACACAGAAAGGCUUCAGUGACGACGACGACGAUGAUGAUCUGUGUAAACCGACAGGAUUUGGUCGGGCCUUAAACGCACCUGUCAGGUUCAGUGACAGACUUCCCGGCACAUCCACAGAGGAUUGGAGUGUUUCAUUAACAUGGCUCUAUUUUUAAAGCUGCAGCUUUUUGUUUGGACUGUCUGAAUGUCUUUGAGGUGAAUGUUAAUCAGGACACAGUUAAUGACUGAUGAAGGCUUUUACCCCUCGCGUUAGACUAUUCCUGGAUGGGGUUUUUUGCACAGCGUCACCCCUAAUCCCCGUGAAAGUCAUCAUUUAACAGGAAAAGCAGAAUUAAGCUGUGAGGAGACCCCCUGGGCCCCACUGACCUCCUCUAGUAGGAGAAAUGAACGAGUACACCUGUGCAGGGAUGAGCCUACCGCCCCCGGGCUUUCCUGUGUCUUUUUCUUUGUGGUGAUUUGAUCACAUUUGUUGCACAUAAACACAAAUAAAUGACUACAUCACCGCCAUGAUUAAGAAAAAACAAAGACUAAAGUUUGGUUUCAGCAGAAAAUGAGAUAAAGUGAGCUGCAGGAAAACUACUCCACACGUUUAUUACUUCCAGGCUGGACGACUGUAAUUCAUUAUUAUCAGGAAGUCCUAAAAACUCCCUGAAAAGCCUUCAGUUAAUCCAAAAUGCUGCAGCAAGAGUCCUGACAGGGACUAGAAAGAGAGAGCAGAUUUCUCCUGUAUUGGCUUCCCUUCAUUGGCUUCCUGUUAAAUCCAGAAUUCAAAGUCCUGCUCCUCACAUACAAGGUCUUAAAUAAUCAGGCCCCAUCUUAUCUUAAUGACCUUGUAGUACCAUAUCACCCUAUUAGAGCACUUGGCUCUCACACUGCAGGCUUACUUGUUGUUCCUAGAGUAUUUAAAAGUAGAAUGGGAGGCAGAGCCUUCAGUUUUCAGGCCCCUCUUCUGUGGAACCAGCUUCCAGUUUGGAUUCAGGAGACAGACACUAUCUCUACUUUUAAGAUUAGGCUUCAAACUUUCCUUUUUGCUAAAGCAUAUAGUUAGGGCUGGACCAGGUGACCCUGAAUCCUCCCUUAGUUAUGCUGCUGAUGGUUGUGUGUGUGUGUGUGUUUAUGCUGCUGCUGCAUUAACUCUCUCCCAAACUUUAUUCUGUCUCAGCAGAUUCCCUCUCCGAUCCUCAUUCUGUUGGAAGUUUCUUCCUGUUAAAAGGGAGUUCUUCCUCCUUUCCUUACCAUCUAAAUCAGCCUGAGAUGUGACGUGGUGUUACAUGAACAAAAAGCAGCCCUGCUCAGACUGAAGUUGUCUAAAGCUCCGAGCGACAGCGGCAGAGGACGUUGUCAUGGGAAUGAUUGCAUCUCCAAACUGAGUCUGAACGGUUUUGUGGCUGUUUUUGUCUCCGACAAGCUGCAGCCUUGUUCUCCACCUUCAUCCUGUCCGUCCUCGGUCUCCUCCACCAUCCCCUGAUACCAUCUUUCACACAGUUUGAUUUCAGCUUUCACUGCACAGCAGCACCGUGUCAUCACGUUCCUGCGCAACAUUAACGUAAUCUGCUCCAGCCGCCGUGACCGCUUGCUCUGUAAACAUUAUAUUUAGUCAAACAGAGCAGAAUCUUGCACUGACAGCGGUCACAGUCUGUGUCGCUCGUUCUCUGUUUCACAUGUCUGUGUCUCGUCCUCCUCCACGUCGCCUCGUUUCAUUCUGCAGUCCCGCUCGCAUUCGCCCUGCAGCUGUCGCUCAGACCUGCACAUUCUAAUUACGUGAUUAUCUUUUCUGUUCAGACAAACGGCGCUCGCUCGGAGCUUUUUAGCUGAGACUCGCUGUUUCCUCCCAAAAAACACCAGCGUGCAGCUGCCAGCCAAUCAGAAUGAGUGGCUCUCAGCUGUCACUGUGAAAGCGAUGCAGGUAUUUGGAGAGGCUUUGUCAUAAAUCAGUAAAGGAGUGCUUGUUUUACUUGAAAUCUUUAAAUAAUCAGAUUACCCAAAGCGUUCACAUUUUGCUGCUUUAGCCUCUGCGGACGCUGGGAGGUCUGUAAAGUCGUGCCUGUUUCAUCGAUCCGAGGUCUCGUCACACAAAGUGCAAUCAGCGGGACUCCUUUCAGAGUCGCCUCCUUGUGCACCUCUGGACCACUUCCUGUUUCGAUCACCACUUCCUGUUUCGAUCAUCACUGUACGUCUGGUUCUGACUUCAGGCUGCACUUUGCCUCUGAGCUGCACGCCACAUUCUUUCCACUGACUCAAACUCUUCGUGUGAGAGACGAGGAGGUGGCGUGCGGUGAACGAUGGCUGUGCUGAUGUUCUUCCAUCAGAGGCGCUGACCCUCAGGGGGCUGUUAGGAAGAAUUUUUAAGGUUAAAAAUAUCCCAGCAGCAUGUAGAGACCCACAAGCUCAUAAAUGACCUCUGCACAGUCUCACUUCACCCUCGUGCUCGGCCUGUGGACUCUGAGUCUUCGCUGUAGACGUGCUCCGAACCGGACAUCCUGGGAAAGGUCCAGAGGUGCACACGGAGCUGAGCUUGAAGGAGAGACUGGCUGAAUUUAAAUAAUCGCACCUUCUUUGCUCACUUUGUUUCUAACCCAGCUUCAAAUCGUGCAAAGGAUCUGGGACACAUUCCACCCACUUUUCACACCUGAGCAAUAUAUAAAUGUGGAGGGGUGGGCCGUAUGCGCUGCUGUGAUCCUGGCCCUUUGAUUCUAUAAAAACGAUGUGAAAAUGGCUGCAGAUGCAGUUUCCCCUGCAGCUCCACAGUCGGGUUUUGGGCAGCCUCUCGGUGAUUUGCCGCCAGCUCCAGCUGAGCAGUUCCUUUGAAGCCGACUCUUUCUUCUUGCAGAGAUGAGACGGGGCAUGAUAAAACUAUCUGUGUAGUGACCCGCUCUGCAUGUUUGUCCUGACCCUGUGUUCAGGCCGGAGACUGAGAAAUGGCUGUUUAUGUGACACUGUUCAUUGAUUAAUUUUUUUUUAUUUCUGUAUUAAACUAUUGGCUCUUUCACGUGUUUCAGCUGAAAACCUGCAUCUCACUGGAACAUUUUCUAACCUGCUGCUUCACAGUCUGAUCGACGAACAAAAGCUCAAUAACCGGACCGAACGGACGGACGAGUCAGACGAACUUUAUCGACCUUUGAAUUUCUGUUGCAUCAAACUGUGGCAAAACAUCUAGUUUCACUGUGAUGGAUAAAAACCACAUCCUCUGCUGACUUUUGUAAAAUCAGGCCUGCGUGUAAUACUUUGCUGUUCAUAUCGACGCUGAUCACUGGUAAAGCUUAGCGAUUAAGACCUGAGACGGAUUCUUAGCUGGAAAAUGAUUUAUGUGAAAUCUUUUCGUGUGCCAUAUUCCCAAGCCUUGUUGAAGCGCAUUAUUGUACAAUAAAGACUAAAGUUGAUGGUGGCUGUGACUCUGGCCUGGUUAUUCUGCCUCACCCUUGCAGAAGCAGUAGGUC